UCUGAACGCACCGCGCAUCACCAAUGUGUGCACAUUUCACUGCGGAGAAAAGAGGGACGCUCGUUGCGCUCUUUAGAAUAAAAAAAGAAAACAAUAAUAACAACAUAUAGUCCGUCAUCCGCACAGCGGGCCCGAGUGCUAUGUUUGUUAUGAGUUUCUGAGUAAUUCGUCAAGUGUCCAUGUGAGAACCGAGCGGACACCAUUUACUAGCGGAGAUUUGAAAACGGAGCAGGCACCUGAACGGAGAGAGGGCUACGGUACAGUUUGGACUGAUAUGCAACAUCGUCGAGGGAGUUACCGUAAAACACAAGUGGAGUCCCUUUUCGUUACUUUUUACGCGGGUAUUAAGCUUGAAAUAGUCGAUUGAGGGGUGGAAACCUCUUUUUGAUGGAAACGCGGCGCGGGGCUCUGGCAGCUGUCCAUAUCCCUCCCUGCUACGCUGAAAUUUGCACGGAGGUUUCGCCAGUUUUUGACAAACCCAGCUGCAACGAGUUUCUAAUCAACAGAAGUUACCAGGCGAAACCCUUUCAUUCUAGAAGCCUGAUUAUUUUUUAUUAGUGUAAUUUUUGUCACCGGACACGCGAUUGCAGAAAUGAUAAGAAGCGCCUAGAGAUAAGCCACUUGCACCGAUAGAGAGACUUCUUACCCUGCGGGGAAUCUACGCUUCCAGUGUCAUUAUACCCCGCUGAAGAAAACCAAGGAAACGAUAUCGGCUUUGAUUUUUCUCCGUUGAAUCGGUUUCCUCUCCAGCUCGUCCGCUAUUUUGAGCUCUGCAUGAAAAGUCAAGCGGAAAGUCUUGCAGCAGCAUGCCGAGGAGAAAGCAGCAAGCACCGCGGCGGUCAGUAGCUUAUGGGCCUGAAGAUGAUUUUAAGGUUGACAAAAUCGAUGAGGAGGAGCACCUACCAGAUGACGGCCUUUCUCUAGAUGGCCAAGAUGCAGAGUAUCUUUUCAAUGACGAUGAGGAUGCAAGAGAUCGCUACAGCUGCCAGAACUCUCCAUUCAGCAAUGGCACUAAUCCAGAUGCUGGAUACGCCUCUCCCCUCAGCAACACCAGUGAUCAGCUGGUUGACUUUAAGACCGCUUCCUCCUUCAGAGAUGUUCAGGACAAGGUAGAAGAAAGGCUGGUUGGGGAGAGCAGGGAGUCCAUCAAUGGUAUGUCAUUGCAAGAUAGCCUGGCGCAAAUGAAAACUGUCUAUGCAAACCUGAUUUCAGAUGCCUCCUGGUCCAGCCUUGCCCUGGACAUGCUCAAAAGUAAACAAGUGAACAAUUUCAGAGCUAGCAACAGCAAUGGAAGCAAUCACAAAGGGAGCAAUGGUUUCCUCAACAGUCACAGCCAGGGGAACAGCCAUGUGAAGAACAGUUGUGGCAGCAGCAAUGCCUCAGUCACCACUAAUAGUACCACCAGCAGUACCACGACAAGCACUGCAUCAAGCAACACCAACAGUGGCAGCAGUGUGAGCUCUGGCAAUACAGGAGGUGUUGCCUAUGAUUGGCACCAGGCAGCAUUGGCCAAGACCCUACAGCAAACUCCAUACCAUCUCCUCCCUGAACCUAGCCUUUUCAGCACCGUGCAACUCUACAGGCAGAACAAUAAGCUCUAUGGCCCUGUAUUUACAGGUGCUAGCAAGUUCAGAUGCAAGGACUGUAGUGCAGCCUACGACACCUUGGUUGGCCUGACAGUGCAUAUGAAUGAGACAGGCCACUACCGUGAUGACAAUAAGGACACAGAGGAUGAUCGAGGCAAGAGGUGGUCCAAGCCACGCAAGCGCUCUCUGAUGGAGAUGGAAGGCAAAGAAGAUGCCCAGAAAGUUCUUAAAUGCAUGUACUGUGGCCACUCUUUUGAAUCUUUGCAAGACCUGAGUGUCCACAUGAUCAAAACAAAACACUAUCAGAAAGUGCCUCUAAAAGAACCAAUGCCAGCCCUUGCCUCAAAGCUGGUACCCCCAACCAAAAAAAGAGCAUUUCAAGAGUUGAUGUCCCCAAGUUCUCCAGAAUCUAUCACAUCUGGUAUAGCCCUGGGAGAGAACCCUAAAGACCAAAAAUUGGCCAAUCCUUAUGUUACAGCUAAUAAUCGUUAUGGUUACCAAAAUGGUGCCAGUUAUACUUGGCAGUUUGAGGCACGCAAGGCACAAAUUCUCAAAUGCAUGGAAUGUGGCAGUUCACAUGACACCUUGCAACAACUGACAGCUCACAUGAUGGUCACUGGACAUUUUCUCAAAGUCACCAACUCAGCUUCUAAAAAAGGUAAGCAAUUAGUUUUUGAUCCAGUCAUUGAGGAGAAGAUUCAGUCAAUUCCUCUGCCACCAACUACUACACGACUCCCAGCUCCCAAUGGGAAGUCACAGUCUGACUCACCCUUGCAGCCCUCCAGCCCUGAGGAGAAAAACGAAGAACAGAAAGAUGAAGAGGUACAAGAAGAAAAAAUAGAGGCAAAGGAUGUAGAGAAAAAAAUAAAAGAGGAAAAAGAAGAUCCUUCUGAAAAAAGUGAGAAGGCUGGAAAAGCCAGAUCAUACCAAUAUCUCAGAGAGGAAGAUUUGGAAGAAACGCCUAAAGGUGGCUUGGACAUCCUAAAGUCAUUAGAGAACACUGUUUCAAGUGCCAUCAGCAAAGCCCAAACAGGCACACCAACCUGGGGUGGAUACCCAAGCAUCCAUGCUGCCUAUCAACUCCAUGGGUCUUUGAAGUCUACCUUGCCUUGUGCACAGGUUCAGCCACUAUUCAGCACCAGCAGCUUAAAGGUGCUGUCUUCUGAUUUAGGAACUCUGAUCCACUCCCCAAAUAGUCCCUCUCCACCUCCCAAUCACAAGAGCAAUGUGCUGGCCAUGGAGGAAUUAGUGGAAAAAGUGACAGGGAAAAGCUCAGUAAAGAUAGAAAAAGAGGAUAAACCCCUAGAGAAUAAAUGCAGACCCAUGUCUGCCAAGUCACCUUCACCCAGUCCUAAGGACAAACAGUCUUCACCCAAGUCAGAAAACCUUUCUAAGCCAGCAAACAGCACUGCAGUAGAGGACCAGACUGAGUCUACAGGCAAAGAAGGAGAGUGGACAGACAGUCAAUCAGAUGCACAGGUAAAGAGUGAAGCUAAUGCACCAAAAAUGCCUGUUAGCAAUGGCUGCAAUAACUUGAGCAUCAUCACUGAUCACUCUCCUGAACAACCUCUUGUCAACCCUCUCAGUGCAUUGCAGUCUAUCAUGAACAACCAUUUGGGGAAAGCUGCAAAGGUGGCCACACCCUUCGUAGACCCCUUUGCAAUGCUUUAUAAGAUCAACAGCAGCUCCGCUCAGGUCAAGCAAGCUGAAUCUCUGAGUCAGUACAAUGACAGUGAUGAUCAGCCCAUGGACUUGACAAAAUCCAAAAACACUAGUGGAAGUACUACUAAGGGUACUUCUGCUACACCAAACAACAACAAUAUAAACAACAGCAAACCUGUUCUCAAAAAUUUUUCCCAGUCUGUAUCUCCACCCUUACGAGAGAAUGCGUUGAUGGAUAUUUCGGACAUGGUAAAAAAUCUGACUGGCCGUUUGACACCAAAGUCCACAACCCCAUCUUCCAUUUCUGAGAAAUCAGACAUGGAUGGCUGUACUUUUGAGGACGGCUUGGAGGAGCUGUCUCCCAUUCAAAGACGGAAGGGUCGACAGUCAAACUGGAAUCCCCAGCACCUCCUGAUUCUCCAGGCCCAGUUUGCAUCCAGUCUUCGGGAGACCCCUGAGGGAAAGUUUGUCAUUACUGACCUGGGACCCCAGGAACGUGUCCACAUCUGUAAAUUCACAGGUCUCUCUAUGACUACUAUCUCACAUUGGCUGGCCAAUGUAAAAUACCAGUUAAAGCGGACAGGCGGCACAAAGUUCCUAAAAAACAUUGACUCUGGCCAACCUCUGUUUUUGUGCAGUGACUGUGCAUCCCAGUUCAGGACUCCCUCCUCAUACAUUAAUCAUUUGGAGUCCCACCUUGGGUUUACCCUGAAGGACCUCUCAAAGCUUUCCAUAGAUUUCAUAGAGCAGCAAGCAGUCAGCAGAUUAGUGGACAAGAGUUUUACUUCACCUGGACUUACAGAGGAAGACACUGGCUCGAUAUUUCAGUGCAAGCUGUGCAAUCGGACCUUUGUGAGCAAGCAUGCAAUUAAGCUGCACCUUUGCAAAACACAUGGAAAGUCACCAGAAGACCAUCUCAUCUUUGUAAAAGAGUUGGAUAAGUUUGAUAAACCAUGAAGGUGGAUAGAGCUGACAGCAUGACAGAUUACUGUUGCACUAUAUCUUUAAGCUGCAAUCUGUCAUUACGGAUAGUGCCACAACUGUAUUAAAUAUUAUUAUGAGACAAAUAUUAUAAUUGAAACAUGGUAGCUUUUUUGCCACCUAAUCAGUAUCCAUAGCAGCAGGGGCUCGCACUGAAGAGGUGCCGAGCUAUGUUGUAUAAGUUGAAUUUUGGCAACAUGAAGACACAAAAUUCAAAUUGGUGCGGCAGCCAUGGCACUAUGUAGUCACUGACUGAUUGUUGCUUUCUUAUUUUUAAUGCACUGCAUCUUAUCUGAGCCUUUGGAAAUAAUCCAUCUGUUGUUUUGAAACUGGAUCACACUUAUUUUGAUCUGUUUUAAAAGAUUGUUUUUUUUUAUUAUUUCAACAUGGGAUUUGCAUAUUAUUUAUAAGAGACAGUUUGUGCAUGUUUUUUAUGUAAAGCAAUGAGCGUAUUGUUGUUCAUAAAAUUUGUUCCCUGUUGACGAAAUUAACAAAUUUUGGAAAUUGAAGUUUAUAUGAAGGUAUAGUAAAAAUAGCCACCUAAGAUUGUGUCCUCAAAUGUCAACUUGAUUUCAGCACUUUAAGGAAGUGUAAAUGAGUAAAGAAAUGUAUGGAUAAAAAUAACAACACAUUACCUUUUUGACUUUUGCAUCCCCCUAAUGAGUUCAACGUUGCAAUAUGGGGGAAUAUAGAACAUAUUAACUACAACAUUGUUUUGUAUUUGCUGUUAAAUUACAGAAAUUCUUACAAAAAAUAUGUUUAGAAUCUUUGUUUCUCUAGUAUACUCAUUUUAUGGUUGUUUCAACAUGUACAGUGUUUGCGUUAGUACCAAUUUUAUUAUCGUGAAGCUUCAGUUGUAAAACUAAUGAAGUUUAAAACUUAUUGUAUGAAUAAUCAGCAAGUAUGUAUACAUGUAUGUCAGCAUAUCUUGCUCUUUACAGUUCAACAUUAUUUGUACUGUGUGCAUUUUUAUAAUGUUAUUUUAUAGACAAAUAUGGGGAUAAAUGUAUAGAUCUACAGAAUACUGUAGGACCGCCAUGUCCUUUUUUCAAUGAAAAGUAGGUCCCUCAAUAUGGUUUACGUAAAAUGACAGAACUCUGCUGGCAUCUCCUCUGAUGCAUGAUGGUACUGUACAUAAAAUUGAAAAAGAACAAUUCUCACAAAAUGAUAGAUUUCCAUGUUUUGUUGUCAACCCUAUUAUUCAUAAUGCCAUUCUUUUAUCUUCAAUUGUAAAAUAAACUUCCAUGUUCUGGA